CAACAAUUAUUACAAAUUCUUUUUUGCUCAAAAAUCAAUGAGAUCUUUUUCUGAAAAAAAAACAAGUAUUAUUUGUUUCGAUGUAUUGAAAAACUCUUCAGACAUCUACGAAAUUCUCAUUCAUUCAUUCAUCUUAAAAUAAUCAUCUAUAUCUCUAUAAUCAGCGCUCAACGAAUCAGCGAAUUUAUUUUUUAUUUUUUUUUUUUUUUUUUUUUUCUAUUGACCAAAGCAAAACACACAAACAGCAGCACUACGUAUACGAAAAAAAACGUUUGCAUAAAUGAAAUGAUGAGAAAGCAUAGUAAAUCAAGUAAAGAUAAAUUGGAAAAUGUACAAACCGCCGCCGCCUCUUCGUUAAUUGAUCCAACAACAGCCACUGAAUCAAUCACCGUUCCAUGUACAACAACAGCCACAACCAUUUCAACGAUUGCUUCCGCUGCCGCUCUCAGUCCUAGUUCGCCUGAAUCUGAAGGUCAAUCUAGUUCACUGCCAGGUUUGGCUGGUACAUCAUCGAUGGCAACAACAACUAGUUCAUUUAUUAGUGAUGAGCCGAUACCACCACCAAGCCCGUUUGAUCAGCCAUCAACUAGCCGAGAUUUUCCAUUCAAAGACAAAAAAUCGAGCAUUAGCUCAUCAAGUGAUUUUGGUUCGAAACCAAAACAGGUGAUGAUUCAUUCACCUGGCCAAACAAAACCGAAACCAGCAACAACACGUAAAAAACCAUCAAUACAAAGCGUUAUUGAUGUGGAUAAAAAGAUACAAAAAUGUAAAGAAGAAGGUUGUAAAAGUUUCGAUCUAACCAAAUCGAAUCUUUCAUCAUUACCUGUAUCGAUACGGGAUUUAACUCAAUUGGUUGAAUGUUACCUGUAUCAGAACAAAUUAGUCACAUUGCCCAAUGAAAUUGGUUGUCUUGUCAAUCUGGAAAAAUUAGCGGUCAACGAAAAUUCGCUUACCAGUCUACCGGAUAGUCUUUCGAAUCUGAAACAUUUAAAAGUAUUAGAUCUAAGACAUAAUAAGUUGAAUGAGAUUCCUGAUGUUGUUUAUCGUUUAACAUCAUUGACGACAUUGUUGCUUCGUUUCAAUCGAAUACGUGCCGUUAGCGAAGAGUUGUCCAAUUUGACGAACCUGACAAUGUUAAGUCUACGUGAGAAUAAGAUCAAAGAAUUACCUGGUGGCAUCGGAAAGCUUACACAAUUACUUACAUUGGAUGUAUCCAAUAAUCAUAUUGAACAUUUACCAUCAGAGAUUGGUAAUUGUGUACAACUGACUACAUUAGAUGUUCACCAUAAUGAGCUUGUUGAUAUACCUACUAGUAUUGGCAAUCUAAUCAAUCUGACAAGACUUGGUUUAAGAUACAAUCGCCUUAUAUCAGUGCCAAGGUCGUUAAGCAAUUGCAUCAAGCUAACUGAAUUUAAUGUUGAGAAUAAUUCAUUAUCACAAUUGCCCGAUGGUCUCUUAUCUAGUCUUUCUAAUCUGUCAACAUUGACUUUAUCAAGAAAUAAUUUUACUUCGUAUCCGAUUGGUGGUCCAUUACAAUUUUGUACCGUACAUUCAAUCAAUAUGGAACAUAAUAAAAUAACCAAAAUACCAUUCGGUAUAUUUUCAAGGGCUGCCAAUCUAACCAAAUUAAAUAUGGUUGACAAUCAAUUGACAUCAUUACCAUUAGAUAUCGGUACCUGGGUCAAUAUGGUCGAGCUUAAUCUUGGAACAAAUCAGCUGCCAAAAAUACCGGAAGAUAUUGAACAUUUGGAAAAUUUAGAAGUGUUGAUCAUUUCAAAUAAUAACCUUAAACGUUUACCAUCAACUAUUGGUCGAUUACGAAAACUUCGUAUAUUGGAACUUGAAGAAAAUCGUUUAGAAUCAUUGCCAAAUGAAAUUGGUUAUCUAAGCGAAUUACAACGACUUGUAUUGCAGAACAAUCAAUUGACAUCCAUACCACGAGCAAUUGGUCAUCUAACCAGGCUAACUUAUUUAAGUGUUGGAGAAAAUAAUCUAUCUACACUUCCUGAAGAAAUCGGUACAUUGGAAAAUCUUGAAUCAUUGUAUAUAAAUGAUAAUCCAAAUCUACAUUAUCUUCCGUUUGAACUCGCUCUUUGUGCCAAUUUACAGAUAAUGAGCAUUGAGAAUUGUCCAUUAUCACAAUUUCCUACCGAUAUUGUUAAUGGUGGUCCUUCAUUAGUUAUACAAUAUCUUAAAAUGAAAGGUCCUUAUCGUAUGUGAUAUUAUUAUUAUACAUUAUUAUUAUUAUUAUUAUUACACAUCAAUCGCCCACAAAAAAAUGUUUAAUU